AAUGUCUUCUUUUUUGCUAUUUCCAGUUGCAGUUACAUAUUCACGCAUAACAGUUCUAUAUAUUCUCAUAGACAAAUACAGGAUUCAUGUCUUCCUCUAUACCCAUUGCUGAUCCAGACGAUUAUGAAAUCUGCCCAUAUGACCCUGUUCACAGGGUACAGAGCAGGAGAAUGGUUUACCAUUUAGAAAAAUGUCGGAAAAAUUUUCCUAUGAAAAAAACUCGAAUUUGUCCUUUUAAUAACAAACAUAGAAUUCCAGAGCCAGAAUUUCGGUAUCAUAUGGUUUUAUGUCCAGAUAAAGCCAUUCUUGACCAAGAUUUGAAACAUGGUAAGUAUUCUAGAACUUCCUUACAUCAGCACUAUUUUGAUUUCAGCGAUAAUAGUAAAGAAUAA